GUUGUGCGCGAGCGCUACCAUCAACUUUAUUUUUUACAAGAACAGCUGAUAAAACGUAAACAACACGGUGCAGUGGUGACGAAGUGCGUAAAUUGAAGUGUUUUUGUGCGACAAAAAGACACCAAAGUGACCAAAAAUGAGUUCCAUCGAGGGUCUCCAUUGGUACCCACGUAACCCUGACUAUUUCUACACGUGGGGCUGUGAAAUGAAUGUGUACAAAGUGGAAUCAACGCUCCGGAGGCAGUCUGUGCCAUCCAAUGCAUACCUGGACCUCUCACCGUGUACCACGGGGGUGUUGCAGGUGUCGGAACCACGAUACGUCUACAUCCGCUGCACAGCACCAUCCUUCCAACCGAAUUCCCUCUUAGCCGCCGCGGGUCUUAUCAACGGGAAAGCUGUGCUGUGCAAUUUCCUGACCACUCCGCACUCGGACACAAAUAUCGAAUUCACCCCAAAGCACUCACGACCCUGCCUCUGUCUGGCAUGGAGUGAACCAGAGACUAAUCUACUGGCCAUGGGGUAUGAUAGGAAUCGAUCGGACCACAGUAUCUUUGUGUGGGACACGUCAAAGGAACUGAGUAUCGUCCAGCACCUCGGCCUCUCGGAGACAGCCCAUUCACUCUGCUGGGACAAGAAUGCUCGUGUCAUUUAUGCAGGCAUGAGUCACAAGCACAUCAAGGUGUGGGAUCUCAGGUCAGGGGGUACGAGUGUGUCAACAACGAGUACAAGGGCCAUCCAUGGGCUGUGCUUAGCUCCUGGUGGUCGCUAUUUAGCCAGCUACAUCGAUAACAACUUGACUCUGUGGGAUGUGCGGAAUAUCGAGAAAUCGCUGAGUCAGCGGCAGACACAGAAGAAUAUCAAUCAUCUGAUUUGGUGCCCAACAAGGAGUAGUGUUUUGAGUAUUCUUCAGAGGGAUUCACCAUUUGUUCAUCUUGUGGAUCUCCAUUGGUCGGGUGGGAGUGACAUGGAAGGUGAACCCUACACCAUGAAACGCUAUGCUGCUCCCUUCCAGUCCAAAAUUCUGUCCGGAGCACGGAAUAUUACAAUUCAGCACAUUUCGUGGCAUCCAAAAGAUUUGGAAAGGAUGUUAGCUGUAACUGGUGCGGGAAAUGUGACGGAUUUCCAGGUGCCACAGCGUGUUGCAAUUGCAUGGGACACGAAGAAUAAUUUGUGGGGAUCUUCGGGGGUACGGCUGGAUCUUAUGCAAUUCCCUGCAAAUUCACCAACUGUGUCCGGUGAUGCAGCACCAGAUGUGUCAUCUAGCACAGAUGAUGAUAUAGCUGUUGUUAUCUAUCGGCGUGCAAUGAUGGACUAUGGGCAUGGGACGGAUUUGCAGCGAAAUGAGGAAUUAACGCAAAAUUCAAAGCUCAAAAGUGUGUGGAAGUUAUUGGCGCAUAUGAGUCGCGAUGACUGGGCACAGGGGUUGAAGAAGAAGUUGGGUAUCUCCAAUACACCCGAUGUGGUGCAAACAAUGCACCGAAGUGAAAUUAUAAACAUUCCAUGGCCAGAUUUCCCGGCAUUUGGCUACAUUCGUGUCUUCCGGAGUGAGCAUCGGGACUUUGCGCAGCAACUGUGCGGGUGGACAUUUGAUCGGGAACGCGAUGGGACAUUCACAGCAUGGAUUGAUGAUCUCAUGGUGCGCAAGGAAUUCACACGAGCUGCCUUUGUGGCUGUUGUUCAUCUCCGUGUUAAAUAUGCCAUUGAAAUCCUAGCCAAGGGUGCAGAUUUAGCGGCACCCGAGCACGCUAAUAGCUAUCGCAUGGCAGCCAUCGCUCUGUCGGGAUUUAGUGUGGAAAAGAGCGCAAUUUGGCGCAAUCAAUGCAAUCAAGCUCACGCCCAAAUCACCGAUCCCUAUCUACGGGCUAUAUUUGCAUUCCUCGCUCCUGAUUCAGCGGAAAUGUACGAAAUGGUGCUCAAUGAAAACGACAUAUCACUGGGCGACAGAAUGGGCUUCGCGUGUGUCUUCCUUUCGGAUCAGCGCCUGUCGGAUUAUGUGAAAUCCUCCAUUGCGGCGUGCAUCGAGAAGGGUGACCUCAAUGGGAUUCUCCUCACGGGGGCAACCAAUGAGGGUAUUACUCUCCUUCAGAGUCACCUCGACUGGACGGAGGAUGUACAAACGGUGGCCCUAAUCGCCGUGCAUUUCAUGCCGAUUGAUUUGAUACGCGACUACAGGGUACAGUACUGGAUAAGUAGCUAUCAGGAUUUGCUCAAUACAUGGGGUUUGUGGGAGCAACGGGCACAAAUGGAUAUCCUCCUGGGGGCCAUUCGUUCCCCGCCGCGUGUCUCCAAGUCAGUCUUCCUCAUGUGCAGCUUCUGCGGGAAGAAUGUGAGUGGGUGCAUUCAGGAGGAGGUGCGGAGUCGCACGGGAACGGCACACGUGAAUAAGCUCAGUUCCUGCCCGAAUUGUCGCAAACCCCUGCCACGGUGUGCUCUGUGCCUCCAUCAUAUGGGCACAAUGACGGGGAAUGCGGGGAGUCAGCACCUAUGUGGCGGGCAUAGUGCCUUAGGGUGGCAAUCCAGGCCAUUUUCCAAGUGGUUCUCGUGGUGCCAGACAUGCCGCCAUGGGGGCCACACUGAGCAUCUGGCUCAGUGGUUUCAGCAACACACCGAAUGUCCCGUAACAUCGUGCAACUGCAAGUGCUUUGCUGUGGAUCAGCCAAUGCCAAAAUUCCCAACAGAUACCCUUCAGCCUGCCCAUACGGCAUAAGCUUCACACACCGCUCCACGCUGCCGCCGGAAAUGCUUGUUUUCCACCCUAUUUUUGUACCAAUAUCCAGUCUUUGUAUAAUAAAUUUAAUAACAUGUUCAA